AUGGGCCAUGUAGCUACAUUUCAUGCUCUUCGAUACCUUAAAACUACAUCGGGACAAUGCUUAUUUCUACCAUCAAGUGGAAGCUUUGAUCUUAUGGCAUAUUGUGAUGCAAGUUGGCUUGAGUCAUUCAACUACCUGACUAUCAUGCACAUGUUGUUUAUUAGCCUUGUGGUGCACCAGUUUCGUAGAGAACCAAGAGAAAAAGUGUUGCGUUAUGAUCUUCAACUUAAGUCUAAUAUAGAGCAUUGGAAACUACACUUUUCGAAGUUAUCGUUGAGCUGGCUAGACUUAGAUUCCAAGCAAUCAAAUGCCACUCCAUUAAUGUGGGACAAUGAAGUUGCACUCCACAUUGCAAUGAACCUAGUCUAUCAUGAAAGAACAAAACCAUCGAUGUAUGAUGAGACGUUUACAAAGUUCAUCGAUAUUUGUUUGAUUACCCUUCGUUUUCUUUCUCUUCUACGACCUACAUUAAUUCAUCUUCAUCGACGCAACCAGCAUAUCGGUUUUCCUGGUUUCUGCUUCAAUUCAUAA